AUCGCGACCCGCCAUCCCAUCUCGCGAUCCGUUUCCGCUUUCCCGCGUCUCUUCACAUCUUCUUUCGCCGCCUAGGCGCGCAUCCCUGAGGGAGCCAUCGUCAAUCAAGGGGAACUAACAGCAUGCAUCCGGCCAAGCUGAAGAAGAUCGACACCAGUGGCUUUUCCGAGCAGGAAAAGCAGCUGUUCGCCAAGUAUGGCAAGCUGCCGACGCACAAGAACGUGCUGAUGAAGAUGCAGAAGGACCGCAAGUACUUCGACUCGGGCGACUACGCGCUGUCGAAGGCUGGCGUAGCCCCGCAGAGCACCGUCGGUACGGCGAUCCCCAACCCCGAGAACAUCCCUCACGCCUCGUCCCCCUCCGGCAACGGGCACAACAACGGCCUGUCCACCUCGCCCACGAACCCCACGAGUCCCAUCAACAAGGAGAGCGGCCGCGCUCUCGACGACGCGCCGCCCAAGCUCGACGACACUGCGCCCAAACCCGACGACGAACCGCCCAAGUCGCCCGUCGCUCAGCCCGCGGUCGAGGUCGGCGGGGAUUAGGCGCUGGCUGGCCAGCUCACGACCACGGGAUGCACACGACGCAUGACCCAUCCCUGUACCUUACUCGCCCACCUAGUCUAUAGUUCCAGACCUGCCCGCGCGGCUUCGCGUCGUCGCGCUGUUGUCUCUAUACGUAUCGAGUACGGGCAGGCCUGUGGUUGCGUGUUCGCCCCCCUCCACUAGUGUGUGCGCCUUCCCCCGUUGCAUGUUCGCCUUCCCCCGUCGUGUGUGCGCAUUCUUCCAUUGUGUGUGCGCCGCCCUGUACUGUGUGUCGCAUCCCUCCAUGCUUUUCUCUCCCACCACCAUGCUUGACGGAAUUGUAACAUUACGCUGCGAUACGGGGACCUGUACGUUGAGGAAGGAUUCCUUACUAUGGAAAUGCAUGGUUUCUUUGAAGGACCUCAGGCUGACUUCGACGAUGGCGAAUGUGGAUGGAAUAUAGUGACGUAGAGGGUG